AUGAACAUGAUCCAGCUCCAUCUCCAUCCGUCAGCCCAGAGCACGAGGGACCUGACCACAAAGUUUGUGGACUUCUUUGCGCGGAAUACGUCAUUUGCCUGCUCGAACCAAAGCCUGACCUACGACGACUGGCUGGACGUCAUCCAAGCGGUGGGCGACCUGCGGGCCUACAGCCAGGAGGCUGCCAGUGUCUACCUCACCGCAUCCUCGGCAGGUGGGCCGACAGAGGCCGCAAGGGUCACGAAUGCCAAGAACAGGGUUGAGGAGAUGAUGCGAGGCUUGGCCUUUGGCUCGGACCUGCUGCCCCCGCCGACGUCCCAGAGGAUCUUGGACCAGAUUCUCAACAACGUGGAGCCGCCCGUCGCGGCGUUUUCGGCUUCUCUCGCGGCAAGUGACGGCAACGACGUGGCCGUGCAAAGCUUGAACGUCCUGGAGGCGAUGAACCGGCUGAAUGACCUGUACAUCGCCGAGGCAAAUGCGGCCUUUGCCGACUUGCCUGGGGCACGUUUGGACGCCGCAAGCCGGCAGAUCAUGCUGGUCCAGAAGGCCGCGCGAGAGGCGAUCAUGUUCAUCUACGGGGUCACGGGCUCCAACGCCGCGGUCUUCGACACGAUCUCGCAGUUUCAAACGCUUCAGGACACGAUCAAGAAUGGGGGCAACGGCCUUUCUGCGAUCUCCGCACAGAGGGCGGACCUUUCCCAACAGUGGGCGGAGGUUCAGAUCUACUGGGACCGCCUCAAGGAGUGGCUCAUCAACGCCGGCCCGAACGACAUUUCGAGCCUCCAGGCGGCAGUUGUGGACGUCGUGGAUCAGAUAACGAUCAUGAUGGACCUGCUCAAGAUCGUAGACCAGGCAGAAGGGAACAACGGAGGGGAGGGCUCAGGAUGCACAGAGGGUGGAACUAUUUACAGAAAGGAACGAUACAUGCUUACGCACUCACUUUCCGAGCUCAAGCAUUGCAUUAUCCUUCAGCAAGAGCCAGCUGACAGAGGCAUGUGCCUGCUGGCGCUUUUUGAAAUUCCCCCAGCUCUUAUCCACUCCAGGAAAGCUCGAGCAGAAGCUUUAGUUGUUCUGGAUGCGCAUGUCCACGCUUCCCUUGCAUUAUAG